AUGCCUCACCAUCCGCCCGCACAGCCCAAGUCGGUCCUACGCGGCCACCGCGCUCAGGUACACGUCACGGCCUUCGUCAGGGGAAAUCGACGACUGGCAUCCGGAGAUGCGGAUGGCUUCGUCGUGCUUUGGGACUUGGCUAUCAUGCGCCCCCGAGCUGUCUGGCGAGCCCACGCAAACGCCGUCCUCGGGAUAGCCGACUGGGGCCACGACAGGAUCAUCACGCACGGGAGAGACAAUCGCCUGAUCGUGUGGAAACUCGCCCAGUCCGAUGAGCCUUCCAUGAGCACCGUUCUUCCGCUGGAGGAACCCGUGCCCGAUCGGCUACAGCCGUGGGUACUGCACAUACUCGAAGUGAACACUAUGAACUUUUGCUCCUUUGCUUCUUGUCCGGGGAGCCCACACACUACUCCCGACGAGCUCCUCAUUGCUGUUCCCCACACGCUAGAGACAGAGGCCAUUGAUAUCUUCCGGCUCCCCGGCCAGAAUCGCGAGCACACCAUCCGUUUAGGAAGCGUGGCCGAGAAGAAGGGCAUGGUGAUGUCGUUAGGCCUGUUUUGGGUCGAGGAAUAUCUAACUCUCGUUGCUGCUUAUGAGUCCGGUCUUGCAGUGGUGGCGCGACUCGGCCGAAGCGAGACAUGGGAGAUAUUAUACAAGGCACAAGUUCAUAGCCAAACAGUGCUCUCUCUCGAUGUCGAUCCGCUUAGGAAUUAUUUCGUAACUUCCGGCGCAGAUGCUACCAUCGCUAAGCACCCGAUACCUAGAGUGAUAACCCCAGCCGAGGAGUCGAGACGGUCAAAACAGUCGGUGCCGAUCAUCGAAACACAGCCAUUAAAAAUAAUCAAUACGAAGCACUCGGGCCAGCAGGGUCUGCGCAUCCGGUCUGACGGCAAGAUCCUCGCCACGGCCGGGUGGGACUCCAAGGUGCGCGUCUAUUCCACCAAGACGAUGACGGAGCUGGCGGUCUUGAAGUGGCACGAACUCGGUUGUUACGCAGUUGCUUUCUCAGCUUUGGCCGACGGAGACCAACCCGGAUCUGGGCCUUCGAAACCAGCUGACGAGAAUCCCGAGGGUGGACCGGCUACCGCUGGCAAUGUCGCGGACGGUCAAGAUACUACUGAUAUGGUAGCCGUGCCGAAGUUGGGCCAGCUCAGCGUCAAAGAUCGACGGAUGAAGAUGGCGAAAGAGGUGCAUUGGCUAGCCGCAGGUAGUAAAGACGGGAAAAUCAGCUUGUGGGAUGUUUAUUGA